AUGAGUCGCACGUACGACCAGCCCUUUCGCGGCCUUCCUCGAGAGUUGCGUGAUAUGGUAUGGAGAGAGCUGCUGGUGCUUGACAGAGUAACUUUCCGCAAGCCAGAAAGAUCAGAAAAACCAGAUGGUGAACCUGUCGGUGCAGAUUCUCUCCUCUCACCUCUGACUGGCAUGACUGACCUUCGCGGCGAUCCGCUUCACCUGAACCUUUUCUUAACAAACAAGCAGGUCUUUGCAGAGACUUCUCCUAUCUUCUAUUCAUCCAACGAAUUCAUCAUGCACUCCCUGUGCACACAAUGCGCCGAGCAAUGCAAUAAUCAUGUCAGACCUGCGGUUCGACGUGUGCGACUCGAAACCCGAUCUCGCCCAGUCCUCGUUCAACCACAGCCACACGACAUCCAUGUGCCUUGGAUCGGCCAACACCACAGGUUGGACUUGGUUACUGUCAGAAUGCCAUACGAACCACCCGCCGUUCCUGCUCAUGUCAACAGAGCCAUCAAUCUACCAUACGCUGUUUACCUCGUCGCCUGUAUGCUCAAGGGCUCUAUCAAGCGUCUUCGUCUACUCUAUCCUAUUCCCACUGGUUUUUUGUCUCCUGAAGAUUUCUGGACCAUUCAACUAUUGCGCAAAGGCAAGAGACUUCUCUCAGAUAGAGACCAGGUUUCCAAGAUCAGGAAAGUAUGGAACAAAGCUGACAUGAGAGGAUACAUCGAGAUUCUGAAUAAGCUUCGAGAUGCUCCCCUGGCGAAUUUUGUCGCCAGGUUCGAAGAUGGUAGCUCAUUCAGGGUCCCGCGUGGCAAUGCAGCGAUUGUGCUCAGCCGCAUUGAAGAUGAACCGAUCGAGAAGGACACGGUUCCGCGCCCGAAAGUGCGCAUUGUUGGACCGAACUCACAUCUGAAGCGAAAAUUUCCCUGGAAUCCUGACGUUGCCGAUCCUCGACCUAACAAAUUCUCUCGCCUGCAGUUCCCGGCCUUCCUCGUCUUCUCGGAAAGUCGUUCGCGCAAGAUGCCUCAAAGCGCUGUGCAAGAAAGGUUCAAGGGAAAGUCGAACCAAAUUCGCCGCCUUGUGAGCGAGGGGAGGGCCAGCUUCGGCUCUGCUACCUCGGGAAACUUUUCAAUGGCAGCAACAUCCAAAACUUGA